GCGACUUUUAAGUCUGGUCUCGUGAUGAGUGGUAAUUCCAGUAAAGGGUCUUUACAGAGCGAUCGGGAGGGGAAAAAAAGUUGCAAAAAAUCAAAAACGAAGGAAAAUAAUGAAUUAAUGGAAGUAGAUGGGUUCGAAUGCAAAAACGAGGUUUACAUUCUGGGUCGAUCUCGUCCACUUGAGGAUGACGAGGAGCUAGUUAUGGAUAAAAGUGCUUAUAGAAUGUUUUUCGAAUUAGAAGUGGAGUCUCCAAGUCUCAGUUUCGAUAUUCUAACAGAUAACCUUGGUUUUGAUCGCUGUGUUGAAGUUAAUGGUGAGGCUCACAGUGUUUGCCUCAUAUCCGGUACUGAGGCACCUAAAGAUAAUCAAAACAAACUUGUAAUCAUGCGUCUGUCCAAUAUGUUGCCGUUCAAAGAAAGGAUUCUAAUGGAGACACGGAUUCUGAUUCAGAGGACGAAAGUGAUUCUGAAGGAGAUCUUGAUGCGGAACCUGAUGUUGAGGCGGCUACUAUCCUACAUCAAGGUACAGUUAAUCGAGUCCGGGCCAGACAACAUAGGGGUCGAUACCUUGCUGCAUCCUGGUCAGAAAAUGGAUUGGUAUUCAUAUGGGAUUUAA